AUGACAGAAGGACAGGCAGUCCUGGGAGCCGGGGACUGGGAGAUCGACGUGGAGAGCCUAGAGCUGGAGGAGGAUGGCAGUGGGACUCCGCAGCGGACCACGUCUCAGGGACCCAGUCCGUCAACAGCAGACGGGGACAUCGAGGAGGACGAGGAAGAAGACGAGGAGGACGAAGAUGCAGAGGACGAGGGUGACGGCGAAGAACCGGGCGCGUCCCCGGAGGUGCCGGACCGGCCAGAGCAGCCGGGAGGACCGGCACCCAGGCCACCGCCAGCGGCUCAGGAGCUGCCAGCCGCCGCUGCAGCCCCUGAGCGCGGUGCCACCGCGGGUGGCGGCGCGGAGCCUCGCAAACUGAGCCGCACGCCCAAAUGCGCGCGCUGCCGCAACCACGGCGUGGUGUCCUGUCUCAAGGGCCACAAGCGCUUCUGUCGCUGGCGGGACUGCCAGUGCGCCAACUGCCUGCUAGUGGUGGAGCGCCAGCGUGUCAUGGCCGCCCAGGUGGCGCUCCGGAGGCAGCAGGCCACCGAGGACAAGAAGGGGCUUUCCGGGAAACAGAAUAAUUUCGAGCGGAAAGCAGUGUACCAGAGGCAAGUCAGGGCGCCAAGUUUGCUGGCCAAAAGCAUUUUAGAAGGCUAUCGCCCAAUAACUGCGGAGACUUACCUGGGAGGGACCCUUCCUCUACCGCCACCUGUUAGUGACAGGAUGAGGAAGAGAAGAGCCUUUGCGGACAAAGAGUUGGAGAACAUCAUGCUGGAGAGAGAAUAUAAGGAGAGGGAGAUGUUGGAAACUUCUCAAGCUGCGGCCUUGUUCCUGCCCAACCGUAUGGUGCCGGGACCUGAAUACAGUUCCUACAAAAGUGCCUACAGCCCCACUGCAGGGGAGCCACCCAGCAAGGACUUUUGUAACUUUUUACCAACCUGCCUCGAUCUCACCAUGCAGUAUUCAGGAUCGGGGAACAUGGAACUGAUUUCUUCUAAUGUUAGUGUGGCCACAACUUACAGACAAUAUCCCCUGUCCUCACGAUUUUUAGUUUGGCCCAAAUGCGGUCCCAUUAGCGACACCCUUCUUUACCAGCAAUACCUUUUAAAUGCUACCACUUCUGUUCAAGCCUUGAAGUCUGGGGCCAACUGGGAUUUGAAAGGAACCCGAAUUCAGGAUGGCCUUAGUGCAGAGCAUGACAUGAUGCCACCGAAACCAGAAGGCUCCCUGGUGUUGCCUCAUCUCCCGGAGGUCCCAACCUCAAGAACUGACCUUCAGGCUCACCAGGUUGUCCCUGAGAGGUCUGCCUUCUCCCCACCCAGGCGAAAUUUCUCUCCCAUUGAUAUGGAUUGCCUGGCAGCUCAAGGGCACGUCUUAACGAAGAUCAGCAAGGAAAACACCAGGCACCCUCUGCCACUUAAACAUAAUCCAUUCCACUCAGUAUUCCAGCAGACGUUCAACGACAAAUCAGGCCUUGAGCUGAAAACACCAUUUGUCAAAGAAGUCUUUGAUGAGAUCCCAAAGAAACACAGAGAGUGUUUGGUCAAGGAGAACCAGAAGUACACUUUUACAAUAGACAGAUGCGCAAAGGACCUCUUUGUAGCCAAACAAGUUGGAACGAAACUCUCAGCAAAUGAGCCGCUGUCAUUUUCUGUUGAAUCUAUUCUUAAGAGGCCUUCAUCUGCAGUCACUCAUGUCUCCCAGUGA